UCUUGUGCAAUGUUUGUAUCACAAGUUUCUGUAUUCAUUACUACAAAGAAACAACAAAGAAUAAUCUAUACAAAGAAUCGUCAUAGUAUUAUUUUGGUUGUCAAAGUAGGUUUAUAUAUCUUUUCUGCAAAUAUCAUUUGGCUUUUUUCUGCAAAAUAACGUCGCAAUAGCGAAACUGGGAACUCUAGCAGCAAUAAGGAUGUUAGCCCACUUAAGAUAGUGUCCAGAACAGUCUCGACGAUCGUGAUUGAAGUUUAACUGUUCUUAGCAGAUCUCCUAUAAUUCGGCAAGCAGCUAUGCUCACUUCAGAGUAUAUUUAUGAGAAAAAGUAUAGGAUAUGUAGAAAAGUAUGCUCAGCAUUAUUCAGAGCUUAGACAACCUAAACGCAGCUAAUUUUAUUCUAAUUAGACUAUACUACUUGAUAAUAGCGGAUAAGCUCUUGGAGAAAACUGUUAUAUGAAUUGAAAGCAAUUCAAAACGUGCUAUCCAAAAUGGUAUUUUUUGAAUCAACUUUAAAAGCAUUCAAAAUCGAACAAGCAAGGAAGAACUACAAUCGAGAAAAAUCCAAGUCAACAACAAUUUCAAAAGUCUGGGAUACAAAUCAUAACGUUCUCAAAGAAAUUUAUAUUCAAAGUAAUAUAUUAUUUGCAAGAAUUAAUAAAGCAUUGCAAAAUUGUAUUUUUGUUACGACGAAUUUAAAGACUUUUUGUAUCGCGACUAUUUCUAUAAAUAAAACUGUUGAAAACAAGAUUUUUAAAAGCAUUGUCGGGUUUUCGAGUGGUAUUUUUCUAACUUACAUCUUGUUUUUGUUUUUUCUUAUACACAUAAAGUUCACCUUAUCUUCUGCAACUCUUUUUUGCUCAUUACUAGGAAUAGUAUUAACUAUCACUUUUGCCUUUUCUUCGUGUACUCGGUGUAUUAUGUUUCUACUUUUUCUACAAGUAUUUUCCAAGCGAGGACGUCAAGCUUUGAUAGCUUAUGCUUUCAUUAUUAUGUUGACUGGUCCGACUAAUAAUACACUCCAUAACGUUCAAGUGUUAUCAGAGUCUCUCUCUUGUGGACAGGAAGAAUUAAAACAAGUUAUUAAAAUCCUAACUAAUUUUGCUAAUCAGCCUUUCGUUGCAUUUCGGCAUGCUUUAACAAAGAUGAUCAAGAUUUUGGAAAAUGUAAAGGAAAAUAUUGAAAAUCUUUUAACCACGAUAAGAAAAUUUUUUCUCAGUCUUUAUUCAGUAAUAAAGUCAGCAUACAAUUGGCUUGAAAGCAUUGUAAACCUUUGUAAUAAAAAAUUUGGAACUCCAUAUGACAGAUGUCGAAAUGGUUUUGAAAUUGCUAUAGCUGAUUGUCAAGCAAAACUUGGACCCUUAUUUAACAGUUUUUGCGAAAUAGCAAAUACUGUUCAAAGUUUAUGUUUUUCAAUGAAACCGCUUGAAUUCGUGUGUAUUUUGACUUCUCUGCUUCAAAACAUUAUUUUGGAUACACUACAAAAAAAUAUUAAAAAUUUUCUUUAUCAAAUAAAAAUUAUGUUUUAUGUUAAAAUUGAAUUUUCACACUUUUCACACUUUGAAGUCAAUAAAACAAACUUUUAUGAGAAUAUAAUUUCUCAUAUUUUAAAAGAUGUUGAAUCUCAAACUCAUAAUUUUUUAAUUGUGUUUAACUCAAUGCGUUUCGUAACAAGUUUUUUUUUUCUUUGUGUUCUACUCAGAGUUGUUAAUUACAGACAUAAGUGGUUAACGAAAGACUGCUUCAACAACAAGUACCUUACUGAAGAUUUUUACAAUAUUGAUUUAAUAAGAACACAAAAAAGCAAAGAUGUAGUCUUGCCACUUGAUGAGAGAGAACGGAAAAAAUACAUAACAUUUACAUCAACAACAUUAAGUAGUAAAGAAAAAACUCGGCUGGCUAAAUCAACGAUAUUUUUGGGAAUCGCUUCUUUUAAAUUCUGCAUCAAUAUGUUUGUUGAUCAUAGUCUUUACUGGAUCUUGAGUACAAUUAAUUACUAUGGUCGAUUUUCGAAUGAAGUUCAACAAAGGCACAUUAUUGGUUUUCAAAUUGCUGGUAAUGGAUAUAUGUCCGAAAUCUAUCGAGAUAUUUCCAAAAUCUUUCUGCAAUUCGAAAGAAAUGACAAAAACUCAACUUUCCUCUGCCUUCCGGACCCUCUAUCACCAAACUAUAGGAAAUAUAAUGAAAUCAUUAUAAUUGUUAUCUUCAGUUGGAUGGUGGCUCUUUUCGAACCAUUUGGAUUAAGACUCAGUCAAUUAAUCAUGAGUCGCUACUAUCCCAGAAGAGCAAAACAUCGAGCAGUUUGGUUAUAUAACCAUAUUCUUCGAUCCCGAGGAAACUAUUUAAAUUAUAUAAGACGUAAAUUGCGUCAAAAAAAAAGAUUCAUAGACGGAAAUUAUUGGGAAUAUAAUUCAUCAAAAGAGUUUUCAUUUCGUACAAAUUCUAUUUCAAAUAAUAAUUUAAGAAAUAAUCAAGAAAUAUGUCUUUUGUGUGGAGUUUCAGUAAAUCAAUGUAAUCUAUCUCACAUUCGAUGUACUACUUCUAAUUGUGACGGAAUCUUUUGUGAGAUGUGUCUUGCUGAUUUGCACGGUCGUUGCACGAUUUGUAACGUGCUGAUUAAGUCUGAUGAUUUAUCCAAUGUAAGUGGAAAAAAAUGAAAAUAUUUUGCUUUUCGACCGAAGUAUUUAAUAGUCAUAGGGCAAUCUGUUAGUUGCAUUUUUCGCUUAAAAAACAAAGAAAAAGAUUGUUUCAAACAGUCGACACCGGUUAUCAAGAAAAUUCAUUUAGUUCAGCCUUCAAUUAUUAAUAUAUGCAGAAAACUUAUUUUAUUUAAUUUUCAAUUCGUCAAUAAGAUUGUAGAUUUUUAACUUUUUGCUCUGAUUGCUAAGGAAGUAUAUAUGCCAGUAAAUAAGUAAGUAAGUAAGUAGUUUUGCGAUUAUCUGAUA